AUGGACGAGAUAGCUGAGAUUGUUCGAGUAAUUGGGCAGCAGCAGGGCGAAAAUUCCUUUUAUCGCGUUUGUUAUGGCCUUUUAAAGCAGCUACAAGAUCUAGUGGCUCAGGCAUCUGACGAUCUACUUUAUCUUUCCCGGCAUGAGUUCCACAGUUCCUCCAGUGAUAUCUGGACGGUGAAUCAAAUUGCUGCGCAGUUGAGAAUAUACCUCGACAACUUUGAAGAGCAGGAAAAGGUUGCUGAGUUGGCUUUAAGAGAAUUAUACGUCAUUAAAGCAGACGAUUUUGUUUAUCCAACGAAGAAAGAAGACUUUCGCUGA